AUGUCUUCCUUUGCAUUCCCUCCAAGAUAUUCAACCGCAGUUCGCGACGACUUACCCAGGUACUCACUCGUCUUUCAACCCCGCAACAACCCACCACGAGCGGUGUUGCCCACACACUGCAAACACCGCUUUCAUAUCAGGAACGGUGGCGCUCACAAGAACAAACCAUGGGCAACCUUGACGGUCUUCAGUAAAGCGGACGUCACUACUCAAAAGGCUCCACGCUUUUUCGGUUCUGAUCCCGUCGCAGGGACCAUCGAGUUUGAUAUAGAAACGCCGCUGACCGUCAAUUCUAUCACCAUCUCCCUACGUGGAAGAGUGAUUACAAGUUUUUUGGAUGGAGGGUCGUAUACUUUCAUGGACCAUCGUGUUCCCAUCUGGCACCGCAGUUCCACGAACAAGACCAUGGAUGGAAAGCUAGUCGGCGCGCAUUCUUGGCCGUUCUCUUUCCCUUUUCCACAGGAAGUCUGCAUCCCAGGUCGAGAGUCAGAGACGUUUCCGGCACCACAGACGUUCCUUGAACGCGGGACGAACGCGAAUGUGCAGUAUGAUUUGGUGUUGCAUAUCACUCAUGGGCUUCUUCGUCCCGAUAGCAAGUUGCAGACGGGGGUUGUUUACGUCCCAGAUAUCAAGCCGGGUCCAUCGUCGUUCUUGAGCCAACAAGCCUACAGGGAUGGCAGGAUCGCGCCUCCUCCCCAUUUGGAUCCGGCUGGAUGGCUGAUGUUACCCAAAGUUCUCAUUCGUGGUCAACUCUUGGGGUACGAUGUCGGUCUUGAGUGUUUGCUGUGUCUUGCAAAUCCCCAAUGUUACACGCGAGGCACCAUAAUCCCACUCCACAUCCGAAUCCACACACAAGACGCACUCGCCCUCGACAUGCUCGCCUCUUCUCCCAAGAUGAUCAACGUCAAACUCGUCCGAAGGGUCCAUUUCUCCCAAGACGCCUCGCAAGCCACAGCCGCUCACGUUAUAGGGAAGCAGGCCAAGAUGACAGGGCUCAUUGAAGGUGUUGAGGAUGUGGAAAAGGCGGUUUGGUGGGCGCUGGGUGAUGAUGAUGGUCUUCGAGUUGAAGAAGGACCUAAUGUUCGGAGGUAUUCGGGCGAGAUUCAUUUACGGAAGGAAUUGCAGCCUUCUUGUGAUUUUUUGCCGUUUUGCGUUUCGUACUUUGUGGAACUGCACUCCUUCGACCCGUCCGUGUUCAAGCUCUAUGAUCAUCCCACGAAUAGGCAUCGCCUCACUUCGCAUCCUGUGAGAAUUGGGACUUUAUUGGGUGAUGGACCUGCACCGGUGUCGUUCACGAAACCCUCGAUUGGCACGUCGAAAUCGAACCAGCUUCAGGAGUUGAAUUUUAACUCGGGGACGGCGUUUUCUCGCAUGAGGUGGUGA